GAACCUCGGUACAGUUGUAAAUACGUGUUCAUCGCGUUUCAGCCGGCCACGGAUAGAAAUCUUAUCUUUGAUUACUUAUUCCGGUAAACUUAUAUUAUGUUAGCGAUAGAGGAAGUUAUAUUGGAGAUAUCCCGUUGGUGCACAAAUUUGAGCAAAUCGUAGGUGUUGGACUUCCCGCAUACACUUACACACAAUCACUGACACUGUCACUGAUUACUAUACGGUACUGCCUGCGAUUGGAGCUGUGACGUGGUCAAGUACUGUAGGUGCCUAGUCAAGCAAGAUGCCGAAAGAGAGCCUCAACUUGAACUUGAAGGACCGGCUUGAUGAAAAUGAGUUGGAUCUCAAUAUGAGUGAUCUGUCAGUAGUUCCUAUGAAAGAACUGGCUGCACUACCUCAAGCUACCAAUGUGGACCUGUCCUGCAAUAGCAUACGGGACAUUCCUGACAGCUUCUGUAAUUUGCAACACCUUAUGGUGCUGGAUCUGAGUAAGAACCAGAUUAGUGAGCUGCCAGAAGGCUUUGGAAAGCUGAUCAAUCUCCAACGUAUUGACCUGUACCAAAACAAGCUUACAAACUUGCCAGUUAGUUUCUGCUAUUUAAGCAAGCUAAAAUGGCUUGAUGUGAAGGAUAACCCAUUGUUGGAACCAUUGAAAAAGGUCGCAGGUGAUUGUCUUGAUGAAAAGCAAUGCAAAAAUAGUGCCAAGCAGGUUGUAUCUUACAUGAAACAAAUGGCGUCAGAACUAGAGAGGAGAAAACAGAAAAGCCUGAAAGAAAAACGAGAGCAAGCGGAAAAGAAGAAGAAAGAGGAUGAUAGGGAACGAGAGAUUUUGAAACAGCAGAAGAAAGCCGAGAAGGAGAGGAAGAGGAGAGAAUACGAGGCCGGGCAAGCCAAGAAGAAGAGGGAGUCAGAUCUGCAGGAUAUGCAGAGAGAACCAACACAGCGCAGGCAGGGCAUGGAGGCCAAAUCUAAUGAGCGCAGUGCGCAGAAGAAAGGGAGCAGCAGCAGUUUGGGUUUCUUCCUGCUGGCUAUCGCCGUGACUGUAGCUGCUGCGGCUGCCGGCCUCUACUUCUACUGCACAGAGAUGGCAAGAGAGACAGAUCACUGCGUCGCUUUGGAGGUUUGGUUCAAGGACAUGUACAGAACGAUUAGUAUCACAACUGUGGCAGCUUGGCAGUGGACACACGAAACAGCAAUAUACACGUGGGAUGCGGUAAAUCUGGCGAUGGCCCGGGCUGCACUUGUCACCAUGGAGACUGCCAUCCAGGUGUCUGAAAGAGUUAACCUAUUUGUGAAGCAAUUCUGGUAGUCAGGGUCCAUAUCAUUGUAACAAAUCCUGGUUUGAGAGAGACACAGGCACAGACACAGACACACAUACACAGGCACAGGCACAGAUACAGACACGGACACGGACACGGACACAGGCACAGACACGGGCACACACAGACACAGA